GCAGCGGCCACACUCUCAACCUGCGACGGGCAGGCGGUGGGGUCACGGAAGGGAAGCCCCCGGUUUCGAGGCCCCAUACCCCGGAGAGCCCCAGGGCAGGAGAGCCCGCGAGGAGCCGUUCGCUUCUCCGGAGUUGCGCAAGAGCCAGGGCGGCUGGGAGGGCUGGGACGGCCGCGAGCACCCCCGCCGAGUCCGAACCAAAAGCGAAAGGAGCCCGGCGCCGCGUCCCCGCCGCUCCCACGUCGCGUCCGCGGGGGGGCUGCCGGGCGCCUCCGAGCCCGCGGGGCCGCCGCUUUGUGACUUCACUGGUUCCGAAGCAACCGGGGCAGCCGCCGCCCCACCCACCCCGGCCGGCCGGCCGCCCGCCCGCCUCGCCGCCCGCCGCCUCACUCCGCUUUCCGCGCCUCCCUACAUCCGGGGCCGGGCCUGCCCCGCCGUCGCGGAGCCUUGGGUCCGGCCGCCGCCUGCGGGCCAGCACGUGCGCGGCUUCCGCGCCCCGCGCCCCGCGCGCGACCCCACAGAGCGUAGCGCGCUCCCGGCGGCCGCGCGAUGCUGUGCUUCCUGAGGGGAAUGGCCUUCGUGCCCUUCCUCCUGGUGACCUGGUCGUCCGCCGCCUUCAUCAUCUCCUACGUGGUCGCGGUGCUCUCGGGGCACGUCAACCCCUUCCUCCCCUACAUCAGUGAUACAGGAACAACACCUCCAGAGAGUGGGAUUUUUGGAUUCAUGAUAAACUUCUCUGCAUUUCUUGGUGCAGCCACAAUGUACACAAGAUAUAAAAUAGUAGAGAAGCAAAAUCAGACCAGCUAUUUCAGCACGCCUGUAUUUAACUUGGUGUCCCUAGUUCUUGGAUUGGUGGGAUGUAUCGGAAUGGGCAUUGUAGCCAAUUUCCAGGUAUGUCCUGAGGUUGUUUGUGUUCUUGGGGAUGAUGGAGUAUGUGUGUCUGGAGGAGAGAAACAAGAACACAAGAGGAUCCUUGUGCCAGGAUCAAGAGUUAGCUGUCCCCGUGGUCCACGAUGGCGGUGCCCUCUUGGCUUUUGUCUGCGGUGUGGUCUACACGCUCCUGCAGUCCAUCAUCUCUUACAAAUCAUGUCCCCAGUGGAACAGCCUGUCCACAUGCCACGUGCGGCUGGCCAUCUCUGCUGUUUCCUGUGCAGCCGUGGUCCCCAUGAUUGCCUGUGCUUCAUUAAUUUCUAUAACCAAGCUGGAGUGGAAUCCCAAAGAAAAGGAUUAUAUAUAUCACGUAGUGAGUGCAAUCUGCGAAUGGACAGUGGCCUUUGGUUUCAUUUUUUACUUCCUAACAUUCAUCCACGAUUUCCAGAGUGUCACCCUAAGAAUAUCCACAGAAAUCAAUGAUGAUGUUUGAAGAAAGAAGAAUGAUAUCUCACUCAGUGAGAGUCGCAGACAAUUUCUGGAAGUGGUAGGGAGGACAGACAGGGUUUCAAUGUUGCUCUGAGUGGAAUGUAUCUGCGGCACGUCCACGACUUGAAUUUCUUUAAGAAUUCCCAAUAGUUGUACUAUUUCCAAAGGUAUGUUUUCCUAGAGAAUGUAGAGCAUAUACGGCAUUGUAGCAAUGUUUUUAUAAUUUUCCAAGUAGACACUUUUUUUACAUGAACAAAUUCAUACGGAAAAGAGAAGGUGUUACAGAAAAUGGAGAGCUCUUAUUUUUGCACAGAUUCUGUUUUGUGUUUUCUUUGUGUGUAAGUGAUUUGUGGGAAUACACUAAAUGAGGAAUUCACUAACAAGUAAAAUCAGGGCAUAUUCAUUUUUAAAUUUUAUUUUUAGAGAAUGAACAGUCUAAUUUUAUAUCAUGAUAGCAUUUAUAAAGUUUGAUUUAUAACAAUCAUAAAGAUUUAGGUAACAAAUGAACACUAACAAGGAUACUCUGAUUUUUAAGUGAACUAAGCAAAAUGCUUCUAUCGAAAGGCCUUACUGACUCUCUCUCUAUGCACAUUAACUCUAAGUGAACACAGAGUACCUCAGUUUUUAAAUUCCGUCCCCUGGGGGCCUCCCUGCUCACAGAGCCACAGCUUUUACCCUUGCUGCCAGCUGGCAUUCCAUAGUGGGCCCAAUUCCAGAUGAGAUGAAUUCAGCAAAACAGAUUAAAAAAGCCUUAGAACAACGAUAAAGUGGAGGUGAGCACCUGACAAGGAAAACCACACUGGAUUCCGGAUUGUUGUCCUGGCUGGAUAAGCAAGGAGGGAAAGUAUCUCAGGGACCAUUUGUCGAAGGCAAGAUUAUGGAAAGAGACCUUUGGUUAAUACUAAACCUCCGCAAAAGCCAAUCUGUGAAAAACAUUAAAAAGACCAUUAGUAAAACCACCCUUUAUUGUCACUGGCAUAAAGUGAUCUACAUACAGUCUGACUCAGAAGCUGAAACUCACAUCUGAAAUUCAUUUCUUGCCACUAAACCUGUGGAAGAGAAUGUAGGUCUGAGACAGAGGAGAAAGAGAGGGUGCAGAGUGCAGGUUAUUUACUCCUUCUUUUAAUGCCCGUGGCUGGAUGUUUGCACAUUGUAUGAAAUGGGAGUCGGUCCUUUAUUAAGCAUGACCGACAGACUCCUCCUUCUCACCCAAAGCACAAAUGACAAAGGAAAAGCAAAUUUUUCCAGAGCAAGAAGUGGGCCUUGACAGCAACCUCUUUGACCUCAGCCGCAGCAACUUCUUCCUAGAAACAUCGCCAAAGGCAAGGGAAGCAAGGGCAAAAAUGAACUAUUGGGACUUCAUCAAGAAAAAGCUUUUGCUCAGCAAAGGAACCAGUCAACAAAACCAAAAGACAACUGACAGAAUGGGAGAAGAUAUUUGCAAAUGACAUAUCAAAUAAAAGGCUAGUAUCCAAAAUCUAUAAAGAACUUAUCAAACUCAACACCCAAAGAACAAAUAAUCCAAUCAAGAAAUGGGCAGAAGGCAUGAACAGACAUUUCUGCAAAGAAGACAUCCAAAUGGCCAACAGACACAUGAAAAAGUGCUCAACGUCGCUUGGCAUCAGGGAAAUCCAAAUCAAAACCUCAAUGAGAUACCACCUCACACCAGUCAGAGUGGCUAAAAUUAACAAGUCAGGAAAUAACAGAUGUUGGCGAGGAUGUGGAGAAAGGAGAACCCUCUUACACUGUUGGUGGGAAUGCAAGCUGGUGCAGCCACUCUGGAAAACAGUAUGGAGGUUCCUCAAAAAGUUGAAAACAGAGCUACCGUAUGACCCAGCAAUUGCACUACUGGGUAUUUACCCCAAAGAUACAAAUGCAGUGAUCCAAAGGGGCACAUGCACCCCAAUGUUUAUAGCAGCAAUGUCCACAAUUGCCAAACUAUGGAAAGAGUCUAGAUGUCCAUCAACAGAUGAAAGAAUAAAGAAGAUGUGGUAUAUAUACACAAUGGAAUAGUAUGCAGCCAUCAAAAAAUGAAAUCUUGUCAUUUGCAAUGACGUGGAUGGAACUGGAGGGUAUUAUGCUGAGCGAAAUAAGUCAAUCAGAGAAGUAUCAUAUGAUCUCACUGAUAUGAGGAAUUUAAGAAACAAGACAGAGGAUCAUAGGGGAAGGAAGGGAAAAAUGAAACAAGAUGAAACCCGAGAGAGAGAGACAAACCAUAAGAGACUCUUAAUCUCAGGAAACAACCUGAGUGUUGCUGGAGUGGAGGGGGUGGCAGGGAUGGGGUGGCUGGGCGAUGGACACUGGAGAGGGUAUGUACUAUGUUGAGCGCUGUGAAUUGUGUUAAGACUGAUGAAUCACAGACCUGUACCUCUGAAACAAAUAAUACAUUGCAUGUUAAUAAAAAAAAAUUAAAAAAAAAAGAAGUGGACCUUGAAAUGUUAAGGCUUAGAUCUGAAAGUUGAAGAGAAGGCUUUGCUUUGAAGACCCUCCAGACUACAAAUCUGCAUCCGGCCAAGUGGGUGCAGACCUUGAGGGUGUAUGCCAAAGGCAGAGCAGCCCACCUAGACAGCCUGAGAGGGAAUCUGGGAGUGGGGAGCACAUCAUGACUCCUCAGUAACUAUCUGUCAAGUGAAUGAAGCAGUCAGCCCCCUCUGCAAUGACAAACUGUGUCCCCUGUGCAUUCAGCAGUGAGAACCCCAUAACCAUGUCUGAGUCUGUUGCAACUUGUAAUGCUGUGGCCCCUCACAGUAGCACUGGAAGUGGAAGACUGAUUGAAACUACGUCAAGCAUUCCUUAUUCUGAAGACGGGGGGAGAAGUGUCACUUAGCUGUGCCAACGAACCUGUAGGAGAAUGAAUCCAUGGUUGGGACUCACUUGGAACAGACUUUUCUUCCCUGCACUUCUCAUGAUGCAUUGCCAUUCUUCAUUUCCUUAUCUCUCUGCGAGAUAGAUUGGGAUCUCCUUGAGGGCAGAGUAUGGGCCUUAAUCUUUAACUUUGUAACUCCAGUGUUUACCAGGGUGCCUCCUGGUCCAUAGUAGGUGCUUAAUCAAUAUCACUGAAUGCAUGAAUGAAUGAACAGAGGAAGGCAUGACUAGGGAUAUUUGUAGUGCUGCAUAAUGAGAUUUACACUGGUACACUGCUUACUAGUGAAGCAAUAAAUGAAUAGUAUCAUUUAUAAUACUAUUAUAAAUGAACUGUAUCACCCAGUAAUGUUGACUGUUUUGCUUUGUGUACUGUAAACAUUUCAGUUGUUUGGGCUUCACCACUCUAGGACAACUCUCUUCAACCUGGACAGUUACCACCGAAAUUGUUAGAUGGGCUAGACAAAAUGGUACACCUGGCUUGGCAAACUGAGAACACCAAAAAUAACUGCAGACAAUCACAUUCUACUGAUUCCACGAAACCUCUAAAGCUGGUUUUAUCCACAUUUCGGUAUUAUUUCUAAUUUCCAUGAACUUGCAUUUCCUUGGACCUCACGGCUGAAAGAGUAAAAUAAAAUGAAAUAUUUCUUUAUUUUUUU